UUGCGGCAAAAGAACUGUUCGGAAGCCUUUGAGUCACUCCAGAAGCGAACGCGCAUUCAAUUGGAGGAUCAGUUGCUGACACGACUCCAUCAGCAUCUGGUCAUUGAUGGCGAUUACGAUUCGGUCGAAGAACUGCUCGAAGAGGUCUGUGAGAAGCGUCUGUUCGACGCAUACAUCAGACGACAGGACUAUCGGCCCGUUUGGCGCCGACUAAUACCGGGCGCUAAGAGUGUGCGGCCGGGGAUGAGAGGCGGCCAUCAGAUGUGCAUCGAUUCACUUUCGCAACUCAUAUAUCUGUUUGGCGGAUGGGAUGGCACUCAAGACUUGGCUGAUCUCUGGUCGUAUGAUAUUGCGGGUCACGAGUGGACCCGUAUCUCAAAGGACACGUUCAUAGAGGGCGGACCGUCCGCUCGUUCCUGUCAUAAGAUGUGUUUGGAUCCGAUCCGGAAGAAGAUCUACACAUUAGGCCGUUAUCUUGAUUCCAGCAUUAGAUCCAUCGAUAAUCUUAAGAGCGAUUUUUAUAUAUACGAUAUUCAAACAAAUCGGUGGACACUUGUCUGCGCGGACACGGCAUCGAUGGGCGGACCGGCGCUGGUCUUUGACCACCAAAUGUGUAUGGAUUUGGAGAAGAAUUCGAUUUAUGUGUUCGGCGGUCGAGUGCUCUCGUGCUCAUCGGAUGAACGAAUGGCCGCCAAUUGUCCCGAACAGCCCCUCUUCAGCGGUCUCUAUCAAUACGACGCAAACACCGGUCAGUGGCGUAAACUAAGGGACGACUGUUCGGCGGCGGCGGGAGUGCUCACUGGCGGCCAGCGGGAGAUAAAGUCACGAAUUGGCCAUUCAAUGCUUUUUCACCAGAAGUUGCGUCUGUUAUAUGUAUUCGCUGGUCAGCGGCAGAAGGAAUACCUGAGCGACUUCUUCACGUAUAACGUGGACACC